GAAGGACCAAUCAAAUAACGUGUUUUAUGUGACUAUGAUGUUGGUAAAUGUCUACUUUAUUUUAACUUUUCGUCUGAGGAUUUGUAAGUGAACAAUAAUCAACAAAGGAAGAUUGUAGAAAAGCUGUAGAUUAAUUUCCUCGUCCAUACUAAAUAUAUAGUUAAUUACAUAAUGGAUGUAUUUCUAAUGAUUCGACGAAAGAAUAUGACGAUAUUUACUGAUGCAAAAGAUAAUACUACAGUUCUCGAACUUAAGAAAAUUAUAGAAGGUAUAUUAAAAAUAUCACCUGUGAAUCAGCAGCUUUUCAACAAAGAUAAUGUUGCAAUGACAGAUAGUAAAUUUUUAUCUGAUUAUGGAUUAACAUCUGCAACUGCCAAAGCACAGUGUCCUGCGUUAGUAGGAUUAGCUGUACGCCAAGAAAAUGGUCAAUUUGAACCUUUAGAGAUGACUCCAUUUUCAUUACCACCUGACCUACCAGAUGUGAUGAAAUCUCAAGAAUCCAAUAGCCAAGAUCAGUCGCCUUGAAAUAACGUUACUAUUGUGAAGAAGCAGAUGAUAAGGUGUUGAACUCAAUUCAAUUUUAUGAUUGUCAGAUAUUUUUAAAAAAGCUGACAGCUUAAACAAACAUAAUGUGAAUAUUAGAUACAUACAAGUUUAUAUAAAUAUUAAAAGUCUCAAAACUCUUUAACUUUCUUAGUGAAAGUACCAAGUAAAUACUGAUUAUUCGAUUUUUGUUCUUUUUUUUUCUGUAAGUGAUAAUCAAGUACUAUUUGUACUUGAAUACUUGACUGAAAAGGAUAAUAAAAUGUGAAGCUUCUAAUCCAUCACUUAAAUUGAUUUAUAAUCUUUUAUAGGUACUAAAAUAUUUCAACACUUUGUUAUUAAUGCUAAGAUGACCAAAUACCUCAGUCACAAAUAAUUUAUGAUUAUAGCUUAUAUCUUAUCUUACAGUGUUUUGUAAUAUUUUCAGUUUAUUUAUCUUUUAUUUGAAUACAUUUUGUUAGGUAUAAAUUGCUGAGAGUUAUUUUAUUAAGCUUGGAAUAUGAAAUAUUGCCUUGAAUUUUGUAAAAUGUGUAAAUGUCAUCUAUUAUUUAAUAUGCAAAAUUAAAAGAUACUGAUUGUAAAAACUAUGAACAUUAGGUUUUACUGUUAUGAAAUAGAAAUUUGAGAAUGUGAUAAAUUAUAAAUAGUGUAUGUAAUUUUAACAAAUUGACUGCUAUAUUAUACCAGGCAUAUGAUUUUAAGUAUAAAAUAUAAUACUUUUAUUCAUCAUAUUUUUUAUACCAUAACACCUUGUUAGAAUUUUAUUUACAUGUGCAUUAUUUAUUUCUACGAAAAAUAAUACACAUAUUUAUUAUGUAGGGUUAUAAAUUUAAAAAUGACAUACGGUUUAUGAAUACCUUACAUGUAUCCAUGCAGUACUUGAUAUGUAAAAUACUCUUAAGUAUCUUUCAGUAUCACCAUUAAAAUGUUUCACAUAUUAUGUAGAUAUAAAUUGCUUCAACUACAUUAUUAAUUUAAAAAAUCAAAUGUCAUUAUAUUCCAUAUUCUUGAUUUUAUCUAAAAAAGUUCAAUAUUAUAAGCCUUACUGAAGAAAUUUGAGAAACAUAAUAUCAAUAAUAUUUAUAAGUACAUAGUAGCAACAUAUAAUAAAUUUCCGUAUCUUAAAAUUGGAAAUAAUUAUUCAUGACAUAUAAAUGGGAGGAGUUAAAUUUUUAUUAAAUAUUGAUUACAUAUAAAGCAUGUCUUAUUUUAAACAUACUACAAUAUGAUUUGUAUACUUGAACUAGUUUUUGAUCUAAGCAAUUGUUAUGUUGUACUCUAUAAAGAAAAAACAGACACUAUUUAAUAUAUUUUUAGAACAUAA